AUGGCUGAGAAAGGUGACUCCAGCUCCAGUGUGUAUGGAUAUGACCUUGGUGGACGCUUCAUUGGCUUCCAACCCCUAGGCUUUGGGGUCAGUGGGCUGGUGCUGUCUGCUGUGGACAGCAGGGCUUCCAGGAAGGCAGCCAUGAAGAAGAUUGCUCUGAGUGAUGCCCGAAGCAUGAAGCAUGCUCUCCGAGAAAUCAAAAUCAUCCGGCGCCUGGACCACGACAACAUUGUCAAGGUGUAUGAGGUACUAGGACCCAAGGGUAGCGAUCUGCAGGGCGAGCUCUUCAAGUUCAGCGUGGCCUACAUUGUCCAAGAGCAAGAGUACAUGGAGACUGUCCUGGCUGGCCUGCUGGAGCAGGCCACACUGACCGAGGAGCAUGCCAAGCUGUUCAUGUACCAGCUGCUCCGUGGGCUCAAGUACAUCCACUCUGCUAACGUGUUGCAUAGGGACCUGAAGCCCGCCAACAUUUUUAUCAGCACUGAGGACCUUGUGCUCAAGAUUGGGGAUUUCGGGUUGGCAAGAAUCGUGGAUCAGCAUUACUCACAUAAGGGUUAUCUGUCAGAAGGGUUGGUGACAAAAUGGUACCGCUCUCCUCGACUGCUCCUGUCCCCCAACAACUACACAAAAGCCAUCGAUAUGUGGGCAGCCGGCUGCAUCCUAGCUGAGAUGCUCACGGGGAAAAUGCUCUUUGCUGGGGCUCAUGAGCUGGAGCAGAUGCAGCUCAUCCUAGAGACCAUCCCUGUGGUCCGGGAGGAAGACAAGGAGGAGCUGCUCAAGGUGAUGCCGACCUUCAUAAACAGCACCUGGGAGGUGAAGAGGCCACUGCGAAAGCUGCUCCCUGAUGUCAACAGUGAAGCCAUUGACUUUCUGGAGAAGAUCCUGACCUUUAACCCCAUGGACCGCUUAACAGCUGAGAUGGGGUUGCAGCACCCCUACAUGAGCCCUUAUUCAUGUCCUGAGGAUGAGCCCACCUCACAACACCCCUUCCGCAUUGAAGACGAGAUCGAUGACAUCGUUUUGAUGGCUGCCAGUCAGAGCCAGCUCUCCAACUGGGACAGAUAUCCUGUGAGCCUGUCAUCAGAUCUGGAGUGGAGGCCUGACCGGUGCCAGGAUGCUAGCGAGGUGCAACGUGACCCACGUGCUGGCUCUGCACCGCUGGCCGAGGAUGUUCAGGUGGACUCUGGGAAGGACUCUCAAAGCAGCUCCGAGCGCUUCCUGGAACAGUCACACUCAUCGAUGGAGCGUGCCUUCGAGGCCGACUAUGGGCGCUCCUGCGACUACAAGGUGGGGUCCCCAUCCUACCUAGAUAAGCUGCUGUGGCGCGACAACAAGCCCCACCACUACUCAGAACCCAAGCUCAUCCUGGACCUGUCACACUGGAAGCAGGCAGCCAGCACGCCCCCCACAGCUGCGGUAGCAGCAGACCCGAUGUCAUGUGAGGACGAGCCAGCCAGCCUCUUCCUAGAGAUCGCUCAGUGGGUCAAGAGCACACAAAGUGGCCCUGACCAUGCCAGUCCAACCCCUGAUGCGCCAGAGCACCGCCUCUCUGCCUCGCCCCCAGGACACCCGACACCCGUCGAUGGGGGUGCCAGUCCCCAGUUUGACUUAGAUGUUUUCAUCUCACGUGCUCUAAAGCUCUGCACCAAACCUGAGGACCUGCCAGAAAACAAACUGGGUGACCUCAACGGUGCAUGCAUCUCUGAGCACCCUGGUGACCUCGUCCAGACAGAGGCCUUCUCCAAAGAAAGGUGGUGA